UUUUUUUAAUUCUGUGUAGCACUUGGGAACUGUAAAUCUAUCUUAAGCUAAGCCACUUGCCAGUACUAGGCCUUGUGAAACAUAACAAAAAUAAUUCUUGUUUUUGAAAUCUGGUUUUAUUGUAACUUUUGUUUUUUGCUUAGGAUGUCAACAACUCAAACUUCCUAUCCUCUUCAAAACCUUUAACCCUUUGUCUUAUAAUUUGUUUAUUUAUUUAUUAAUUUAUCUGCUUUUUCUCCUCUGAUAGUAACACUUUUGUGGGGGUCAUACUCAUAGCAAGUAUAGGCUUUUUGAAGUUGAUGGGGUUGUGGAAAAGCAAAGUAGCAUACCAAAUGCAUUUGCUUUCAUGUUUUUGCAUAUUCAGCAAGUUCACACCCUCAUGGAGGAUGGCUCCACUUGCUGCUCUUUUCCUGCUUUUUUCCAGUUACAGACUGCUUGGACUCUUCACAUCUCUAACACUGCUUUUCUCCACUCUUGUUUUCAUGUGGAAGCACAAAGAGACUGCUUUCAGUUUCAGUUUCAGUAGUUGUACUUCUCAUGUCCCACAUCGAAUGCAUGAAACUGUGAGACAUGUGAAGGAAAGUGAUGAUGAUGAUGAUGACGACGAUGAUGAUGCCCCUUCAGAAGUGUUGUUUUUGUCCAGUUCUGAGGAGUGUGAUGCAGAUCACACGCCCGAGUUCUCAGAUGGGACAAUUUCUGAUGAAGACAGCCUCAUAGAGAUUGCACUUCCAAGUGGACAUUUUGUGAACAACAACAACAACUGCUGCAGUUUGCAACAGAAGAAGAGGGAGUUAUCAGCACAUGACACCCUAAUGGAAUUGUUGGCAGAGUUCAAUGAGGAGGAAAACCUAAUAGAGAUUGACAUAGCCAUGGGUUCUAUCAAGUGCUCAAGGUUUGAAAUAGAAGCAUGAUCAAACUCAAAUUUUAAUUCAUCAUCAUCAUAUAUACAUAUCUGUUGCCAAAGUUUUUUUCAUCCACCUGGUUGGAUUGUUUCGGAUGUAAUUAGGUUGUAAUCUUAAUGUGUUAAAAAGCUUCUGCUGUUCCUCUCAAGCUUUGGAUACUCAUUAAAGUGAUUUUAUUAUGACCCUUCUUUUUGACUUAAUGCUCAUUACAAAAAUCAAUAUGAAUUAAAGUUGGACAAAG